AUAAAUGAUUUUAGCAUUUAUCUCUUACUCCCCCCGUCAAGAUUCGCCGAUCGUCUCUCUUCGUCACCGUUCCUAGUCCCGUCGCUCCGUCAAUUCUCAAACUUUCAGCUGCCCGACAAUUGGGUAGCGUCAAUUCAACAGAUCGAAUAAUCUUUGAUUGCGAAUCCAAGAACACAUAGGGCUGUGCGUGGAAUCUGUUUCGGCCCGAUAUAGCCAUGAACGCCAGAAGGGAACUACGUAACAAUAGGGUUUCUCUCUUUGAUGGCAUUGAGGAGGGUGGUGUUAGGGCCUCAUCUUCAUACUCCUCCCAUGAAAUUGAGGAACAGGAUAAUGAAACAGCAUUGGAAGGCUUGCAAGACAGAGUCCUUCUAUUGAAAAGGUUGACAGGUGACAUAAAUGAGGAGGUGGAGAGUCAUAACCGCAUACUGGAUAGAAUGGGUAAUGAUAUGGAUUCAUCCAGAGGAGUGUUGUCGGGCACUAUGGAUCGAUUCAAGACGGUAUUUGAUCCGAAGUCGAGCCCGAAGAUGUUCUCGCUAGUCGUACUUUUCGUGGCAAUUUUCUUCAUUGUGUACUAUCUCACAAGGUAAUUCUUCCAUUUGGAUAUCAUCAAAAGAAGUCGAGCUUGGGCUCUGGAUGGAAGACAAUGAUCAGCACUGCUGCUUAGUUCUAUGAGAGUAUUAGUUGUAACAUUGGCAUAGCUGUUCUGUUGAUGCCUGUGUGAAUAUGUUUUCCUUGUGUACCAAAAUUAAAGUUGGAACCAGUUUGGAACCAAAAUAUCAUCUGCAGCUCUCCAUUAAGCUGACAUUGAUGAAUAUAAUCAGCAAACCAGUUUGUUACA